AUGCAGCAUCCUCUCCUCGUCCUGCUUCUCCCGCUCGCGCUGCUCCUAUCCAGCACGCUCGCCUGGGGUACCCUGGGCCACCGCACGGUCGCAUACCUAGCCUCGCUGUACUUCACGCCGGAAUCAACCCGCUUCACGAACCAGCUGCUCCACGGCCAGGACAUCUCCGAGGCGGCCCUCUUCCCGGAUAAGAUCAGAUACAUCCCCUCGUUCGCGUACACCAAGGCGUGGCACUACAUCGACGCGCAGGACGACCCGCCAGCCCGAUGCGGCAUCAACAUCACCCGCGACUGCGCUCUGGAGACGGGAUGCGUCGUCUCCGCGAUAGCCAACCAUACGGAGCGCGUCGGCGACGCGGGCCUGCCCAUGUGGCAGCGCGGGCAGAGUCUGCGGUUCGUGCUGCAUUUCUUCGGCGACGUGCACCAGCCGUUGCACACGGAGGCGGAAGACCGCGGCGGGAAUGAAUACGCUGUGGUGUUCGAUGGGCGGGCCACGAAUCUGCACAGCGUGUGGGACUCGUUGAUCGUGAACAGGCAUGCGGGGAUGGGACACGAGGACGAAACCCUCGCGGCGUGGACUUGGGCGCAGAGGUUGGCUGCUGGACGUGAUGCCGAGGAGGAUGAGGACGUGUGUCUGCGCGAUGCCGCCGAGUGUGCGCUCGAGUGGGCGGGCGAGGCGAAUGCACAUGUGUGUUCGUAUGUGCUGGCACGGGAUGUCCACGGGCAGGACCUUGCGGGCGAAUACUACGACGGGGCUGUUCCGAUCAUUGACGACAUGGUCUACAAGGCGGGACGAAGGCUGGCUGCUUGGAUAAAUGCCAUUGUGGGGGAUAUGGAUUACCCAGACUUAGAUCUCCUAGACCUGGAACCGCUGCUACGGACUCAAAUAAACUGA